UUCAGUCACCCACCAAACCCCUAUUUUUGUUCCCCUCACAAAAAAGCUCAUCAAAAGCUCUUUCUCCCUCUCGGCCGGAGACCAAGUCCAACGAUCGAGAUGGCUCUAUCACACAUAGCCACCUCAUCAUCCCGCUCCAAUCUCCUGCGGCCGCUCACAUCCGCCUUAUCCUGCACCUCCCACUCUCUCCGCCGCCCGAUCUCCUCCUCCGCCGCCACCGACGACUCCACACCCUUCUCCCACGACAUGGCCAGGAUGCGGCGGAUGGAGAUCGCCGCCGACUCGCUCUACAAGGCCAAGCUGAUCCGAGGGUUCUGCCACCUCUACGACGGCCAGGAGGCCGUUGCGGUGGGGAUGGAGGCGGCGAUUACCAAGAAGGACGCCAUAAUCACCGCCUACCGCGACCACUGCAUCUUCUUGGGCCGCGGUGGGACCCUCCUGGAGGUUUUCGCGGAGCUCAUGGGCCGCCAGGCCGGUUGCUCGAGAGGGAAGGGUGGUUCGAUGCAUUUUUACAAGAAGGACUCCGGGUUUUAUGGCGGCCACGGUAUAGUCGGGGCUCAGGUCCCGCUCGGAUGUGGAUUGGCCUUCGCGCAGAAGUAUUCCAAGGAUGAAGCCGUGACCUUUGCGCUCUACGGCGACGGCGCGGCAAAUCAGGGGCAGCUUUUUGAGGCGCUUAACAUCGCCGCGCUCUGGGAUCUGCCUGCGAUUCUGGUCUGCGAGAACAAUCAUUAUGGUAUGGGUACGGCUGAGUGGAGAGCGGCGAAGAGCCCGGCCUAUUACAAGCGUGGGGACUAUGUUCCUGGCUUGAAGGUUGAUGGUAUGGAUGCCUUUGCAGUAAAACAGGCAUGCAAAUUUGCUAAAGAGCAUGCUUUGAAGAAUGGACCCAUUAUCCUUGAAAUGGACACCUAUAGGUACCAUGGUCACUCCAUGUCUGAUCCUGGAAGCACGUAUCGUACGCGUGAUGAGAUCUCUGGUGUGAGACAGGAGCGUGAUCCAAUUGAGAGAAUAAGAAAGCUGAUAUUGGCUCAUGAUAUUGCUACUGAAAAAGAGCUCAAGGAUACUGAGAAGGAAAUAAGAAAAGAAGUGGAUGAAGCCAUUGCUAAGGCCAAGGAAAGUCCAAUGCCAGAUCCGCCUGAACUCUUCUCAAAUAUUUAUGUCAAAGAUUCUGGACUUGAGGUAUAUGGUCCAGAUAGGAAAGAAGUCAGACUUACGCUUCCUUGAAUGAAACCCGACGGGGAAAAUUUCUCGUUACUGACAUCUUCCCUGCCUUUUUGUUCUCGCCUAAACGGACCACAAUCAUCCUUUCUCCUGGAAAAGAAGGGGGGGAAAAAGAAGCAAUAAAUGAUUGAGUGAAGAUGUUUUUCUCAUCUGGUUAAAAUUCCAUUAUUUUCUUUUUUGUAUAGGAUAUUGAUUCUUCUCAAGAAUUGGGGCGGAAUGGUUGAAUUCCAGCCUUUGUACUUUUGCGGUGAGCCCAUAACCUUUUGAUUGAUAAUGAGUGUGCUUUUGAUCCUCCAA